AUGCAUCAACCCAAACCCCCAUCUUCACUAAGUUCCAAGAAACUAAGCCUUCUCCUAAGAGUCCCUAACAGAGACGGGUCUGCAAGAAAUUCCCAAAGGGGAUCGAGAGAUCUGCCUAGUCAUGGUGAUCUCUCCAAGGACAGGUCUGAGGGACGAAGAUUCAGUGGUGGGUUCGAUCGGGAGAGGAAAGUGGGGUUCUCGUGUAAUGGGGGUGCUGAUUCUGAUAAUUGGGGGAGGAAGAAGGAGAGUAAUGGUGGGCUUGGAGAAGAAGGAAAAUUGGGCCAUCUAAAUUGCUUGGUUGAUUGCUUGGUUGAUUUAUUGUUAUUGGAAUUGGAUUGCAAUUUCUAA